CUCGGCGCCUGGAGGUUCGGGUUUGGUGGCCGGAGCUCAGCUUUGGUGCUGGUUGCGGUUCUGUGGAAACUCGUGCCUCCUUGUGGGCCUUCACUAUGCCGAGGGUGGACGCUGACCUCAAGCUGGACUUCAAGGACGUCCUCUUCAGACCUAAGAGGAGCAGCCUGAGGAGCCGCUCUGAGGUGGACCUGCAGCGCAGCUUCACCUUCAGGAACUCCAAGCAGGCCUACCAGGGCAUCCCCAUCAUUGCGGCCAACAUGGACACCACGGGCACCUUUGAGAUGGCCCGGGUGCUGAGCAGACACACCCUCUUCACUGCCAUCCACAAGCACUACAGCCUGGAGCAGUGGAAGACAUUUGCAGCUGAAUCUCCAGAAUGUUUAGAGCACGUGGCUGCCAGCUCAGGCAGCAGUCAGGCAGAUCUGGAGAAACUGUACAGAACCCUGGAGGAGAUCCCCCUCGUCAAGUACAUCUGCCUGGACGUGGCCAACGGCUACUCAGAGCACUUUGUAGAGUGUGUCAGAGGUGUCCGAGCUAAGUUCCCCAACCACACUAUCAUGGCUGGGAACGUGGUGACUGGAGAGAUGGUUGAGGAGCUCAUCCUGACCGGAGCUGACAUCAUCAAAGUGGGCAUCGGCCCGGGUUCCGUGUGCACGACGCGCAUUAAGACAGGCGUGGGGUACCCCCAGCUCAGUGCUGUCAUCGAGUGUGCAGACUCCGCCCAUGGGCUCAAGGGACACAUCAUAUCGGAUGGGGGCUGCAGCUGUCCGGGUGACGUAGCCAAAGCAUUCGGCGCUGGGGCAGAUUUCGUGAUGCUGGGGGGGAUGUUUGCGGGUCAUGACCAGUGUGCGGGCGACAUCAUCGAAAAGAAUGGCAAGAAGAUGAAGCUGUUCUACGGCAUGAGCUCGGACACGGCCAUGAAGAAAUACGUGGGGGCGGUGGCGGAGUACAGGGCCUCGGAGGGAAAAACGGUGGAGGUGUCCUACAGAGGGGACGUGGAGAACACUAUCCGGGACAUCCUGGGGGGGCUGCGCUCCACCUGCACCUACGUGGGGGCCAUCAAGCUGAAAGAGCUAAGCCGCAGGACAACCUUCAUCAGGGUCACCCAGCAGUCCAGCACCAUGUUCUCCUAGUGCCCCCUGACAGACGGACCCGGCAGGCUUUCUGGGUCGGUGCUGCCUCCGCCCCGGGGUAUUCUGGGCCGGCUCCUGGUAACAGUGGCACGGAAAGGACUCGACACAUGAACUUUACAGGGCCAUACAUAUUUCUAUGAGUAUUUUUAGAUGUUUUUAUCGUUUAUUAAUGUUUAAAGCUGCUACAGGCAUUCUAAACGUCCUCGUUUAUGUGAUAUAAGAAGCCCUGUCAGAACGGGAGUAAAUAAACAGGUCUUCUGCCCUCCCUGUGGCCACCGAUUGGUGUGACGUCAUGCCAAAGACGCUGCGGGAUGCCGCGCAAAGUGAUACCGAGUUUCCUUAGAGGCAGAGGGCGCUGUUCCUCACCAAAAACGUAAGAGAGCUGCCAGCUGGAUGCCAUCCUGAUGGGGGCGCUCCACAGUCUCUGUACUGAAAAAGGUCAUUUUCAUUUCCCUACAACAGAAGAUGAUGUGAAAACA